AUGUUUCCAAGACCAAAAGCAAGAAAAAGCUCCACCCCCUCGCUCUACUCCAUCUCCGGCGCCUCCUCGCUUACCAGCAUAAUCUCCACCGCAAGCAACGCAUCCCUAACUCGCUCCGCCUCCCCCUCUUCCUUCGCACCUGAUCCCAAUCCCAGCCCCAACGACAACAACCCCGCCACUCCCCCCGAAGAAUUCAUCUACCCCAUCCCCUUCAGCGGCGACAUCUCCGAAACCACUCCUCUCCUCGCAAACCGCCACCAAUCACCAUGCAAUAACCGCAGACCGUGUACCUGCAUCUGCAGACAUCCUCAUCCCAAUCUCAAACACAACGUUCGCACACCAGAAAACCCAUCAACCAGAAAAUCCUCUUCCAUCCACUUCCGCUAUCGUUCGAUCCAAAUCCCGCGCUCUACACUGCUCCAUCUCAAGAUUACCACCGGUGUUUUGUCUAUUUUCUGCCUCUCUGUCGUCGUACUAUCUCCUCAUUCAAAUCGCACUGAGAAUGGAUCUCCGACACUAGAACGAAAUCUCACAUCUCCAGAACAGCACGACACUCUCACAUCCCUUCACGGCACUGGUGGUCCUCUCGAAACCCAAACCCAAAUCCAAACACACAAACUCAACAACCCACAACUCAAAGGCAUUGAAUUCGCAAUCGUGUGUUUCGGAAUCUUUACAAUUUGUUCGGGUAUUCGAGCAGCGAGUUAUGUGAUGAGUAGAUGGGGAUUAUGUUUUGGAGGGGAGGGAUCAGAUGGUAAUGCAGGGAUUCUCGGAGAUGAAGAGGAGAUGAUGGGGUAUAGAGAGAGGAGGGAAGAAGUGGUCGACGAUAUGGUUUAG